AUGAGCAAUCCUUGGGCUAAAAGAGAUGCGUGGAGAUAUGAAGGGCAAUUCUCCCGUUUUAACAGAUUUAAAUCCAUGUUCCCAGGAUUUGGCAUAGCAGUUGGAGCAUUUACUUUAUAUGUCGCUUACGAAAAAUUGGUCUUAAAAGACAAGCAUCAUGAAGAGCACCAUUAG